AUGGGUUUCGAGUGGCUAGACGAGGGCAAGUUCCACCGCGUCCCCAAGCUGGAAGGCGCUCCCGCCAACAUUUACUAUGGCGAUGUUUUCUCCACCCUGUCCAAGGCCGACUCCAGUCCCUUGACUGGAUCAAUGUUCCUCCUUGAGCAGACCGACAAGCCUGAGCCAGCGCCCCUGUACGAAUGUGACGAGACAGGAGUUGUGAUGAGAGGCGAACUGCACCUCGAGGAUGAGAAUGGCAAGACUGCUAAGCUGCUCCCUGGAGACACCUUCUUCAUUCACCGUGGAAGCACCAUUCUCUUCACGACCCCUCGCUACGCUGUCGCCUACAAAGUUAGUGCUCGUCACAAGAUGUAA